UUGUGUCCGAGCAUGUCCGAACACAAGGCUGUCAUCAAAAAUGUUGAUAUGGACGAUGAUGUCCAGCAGAGCGCGAUUGAGGUAGCCCGACAAGCUCUGGAGAAAUUCAACAUCGAAAAGGAUAUUGCUGCCCACAUAAAGAAGGAAUUCGACAAGAAACACUCACCUACGUGGCACUGCGUCGUCGGAAGGAAUUUCGGCAGCUACGUCACCCACGAAACACGGCACUUUAUCUACUUCUAUCUUGGCCAGGUGGCUAUCCUUCUCUUCAAGUCCGGUUGA